AUGUGGGUGCUUCGCACUCCGACGGGCGUCGGCUCACUUGAGUUGCAGACAACGUCAAUGUCAUUUUCUCUUGGGCCAAGAGAUGUGCUUGUUCGAAUUCGCGCCGCGUCGUUGAAUCCUCGUGACUUGGCCAAAAUCAAUCACCUGCAUCCGACACCUGUAAAAGAAUCGCUUAUACCAGGGUCAGACGACGCCGAGAUUGUCCUGGAGGUCGGCUCGGAUGUUCAUGAUUUCUGCGUAGGGGACAACAUUGUUACGCACAUCGCUACUCACUUAUCAGAUGAGGCAUUCGCAACGACGGAUGACAUGAUUCAAGGAUUGAGUCAGCAAAGGGAUGGCACUUUAUGCGAAAUUGGUGUCUUUAGCGACACCGCUCUGGUUCGGAUGCCGAAAAAUUUGUCAUUUGAGGAAGCUGCAACUUUGACCUGCUCCGGCCUGACGGCAUGGAACGCCUUGUUCGGACACCCGGGCAAGGUGGUGCACGAUGGCGAUCACGUUCUUGUGCAAGGAACCGGAGGCGUGAGCAUCGCUGCUUUGCAGGUACGUAAGGCCAUGUCCUGCAUUGCAUCCUGUGUGUCUUGCGGCGUUGGAUCGGGCACUGAUAAUUGCGAACGAAUAGCUUGCAGUAGCAGCCGGUGCAACAGUCGUAGCUACAACAAGCAACCAAGAAAAGUCGAGUCGCCUGAAAGAACCUGGCGCUUCACACGUAAUCAACUAUCGCACAACCAAGAAUUGGGUCAGUCUAUUCUUGUCACGCGUCCUGGUGGAGUUCUGAGCGUCGUCGGAGCCUCUGGCGGAUUUGAAGGUGAGCGGCCUGAUAUUUUGAAAGUUCUUUUUCGCGGGGUUUCUCUGCGAGGGAUUGUCAUGUUCCGAAACAUGGUUGAAUUUAUAGAGGCGAAGAACUUACAGUCGGCGGUGGAUGGUGUGACGUUUGCGCUAAAAUAUCUGAAGGCGGCGGUUGAGAGGCUCCGGAAAGGGGAGCACUUUUCCAAGAUUAUUCUCAGGGACUAA